AUGGCGGCCGGGCCGCGUGGCCUAGGUCGAGCAUUUCGGCAACCGCAGUCGCCCGGUCAGUACCCCCGCCUGCGCCACGCGGCGACUGCCGCCGCGUCGGACGAUUGUGCGUCGUUCCCCGGCCCUUGCUGCGUGGCCGGGCGGUGGGCGUGGCUGACCUUGGUGCGCGGGGGCGGCGGCGGCGGCGGCGGCUGCCCCUCAAGGCGGCCCGCGUUGCGGCGGCCUCCCGGGCCUGGGCCACGCCAGGCCAGGCCAAGCCGCCCUGCGCCACGAGGCUGCCGGCUACUGACCCCGGGGCUCGCGCCGCGUCCGGCCUACCGCGUGCUGCCCUGCCCUGCCCUGCCCUGCCAGGCCGGCGCUUCUCAUCUCGCCGCCGCCGUGUCGCCGUCGCCGACCAGCGCUCGGGCAACGGAGAGGGACACCGCGCCUCACUGGCCCACUCACAGGCGUCUCUACGCUGCACAGCAGCCGCAGUCUUCGUCACUCCCCUGUCAAAAAGGAGCACAUUCUCGCCGUAGUGCACGGCGACACUUGCUUCCGGCGGCCCGGGUCGGCGAUGUGGGUCUGCGGCAGAUGCGUGACCGCGAUGCGCCGCCGCGGCCGCGAGGCUCGGCGCUGGCGCUGCGGCGCGGCCUGCGCCUGCAGAGGCGAGCGCCGCUGCUCGCCUCGGCUCGCCGGGGUCGACGGCCGCCCGGUUCAAUGGCAAAUCUUGACCCACAUCGGCUGCGGCCGCGGGGUCAACGUCCGCUGACGUCAGCGGGCCGCAGCUGCGGUGACCCAGUUCCAAAGGACGCGAGCGCGCCGGGGUCGACGACCCCGGCUGGCUUCUCCCCUCCCCCCCGCCGAGAGCGCGGCGUAUCCCCACCAGCAGGCGGCGACCGACGUCACGCGCAUGCGCAGAGCGCCGCCUACGCCGGUCCCGAGCUGCCGGCAGCUGGCGCGCGCUUCGACUGUUGA